AUGAAGAGGCUAAGUAAUAAUAGGAAACAGAAGGAAAGACAGACUAAGAAGGAAAAUUUAAAAUACAUCAAGAACAAGACUUGAGCUAUCCCAUCUGAUUAUUUCUUUAUCAAUCACUCUGAAAAGGUUAAAUAUAAGCUGAAAUAAUGACUCAGGUGCUAGCCCUAGUUACAGGAAGCAAAACAAUGGAUAUCACAAUAAUAUGAAUACCAAUUUUAGCAUUCUAAGCUCAAACAUUUCUAAUAGGUUAUCAUACCAAAAGCGGGAGAAUGGCAACUUAACCUCUACGAUGAUAGGAGACCCUGUUAAGAAUAUAAAUAACUUUGACUCUGAAGCUUCAAUGUUGAUGAAUAAAGCAACAGCAGGCCUAAGAACAAACAAACACUCAUUAUGAAUCGAUGUUGGCAAGAAUAAUAAGUUUCUCUCUAAAUAAGGCUAGCACUCAUGAUAGUAAGGGCUUUAGUUCAGAGAAAUACUCUCGCAACAAAGAUAAUUCUGGCGGAAGGGUUCGCAACCGGAUAAAACAGUUAGCUAUAAAUCUUCACGGAAAUGAGUUGAAUAAAUCCGUGAAAAUAAAAGGAUUCAAGAAUCAACUGAGAGAGGCUAGAAAAUUAUCGAAAAAGAAUGACUCGAAGAAAAUUAAAAAGCCUCCAGGUAUCAAGCUUAAUUACAGAGGAAUGGCAAGUAACUAUAUUACUACGCUGAACGACUCAUGAAGAUCGAAGAGCUUAAAGAAGUAUUUGAACCCUAACAAAGUGACUAAAAACAAGUCUUCAAGUCUCAUCAAGAGAUUUGCAAUUGAGCUUAGCAAGAGCAAGAAGAAAACUGAAUCUAAAAAUAAAACUCUCUUCAGACCAGAUUACACAGGGAAGAUUGACACAAAUUAUUUAGUUCAGAGUUUGCUGAAUGACAACCCCAUAGUGUCUCCUAAAUCUACAAAGGCAGGCAAAAGUUCACUAAGUAAGAAUCUAAAAUAAGAGAAGGAACUCGAAUAUUACAACUACAUUUAAUUUAACCACAAAUACAAUCAAGAAAAAGAAGAAGGUUGGAUCAAAGACCAGAGAUAAAUCAACUAAAAGUUAUCUUAACAACAGAGUGUGCUCUUCCAAAAGAGAAAGGUCUGCUCGAAAGUAUAAAGACUUUCCAUAUGAAAAGCAGAACAAAAUAGAAGUGAAAGCAGAUAUGGAGCCAAAGGCAUUCACUUUAAAGAAAGGCGACCUUAAGAAGAUUACACAGCAAAUUAUGGCUGAUCAUAAAGAAGCAAAGCAAAAUAACCAAUCUGAGAUUAUUGUUGAAGAUAUUGGGAGCCAGUCUAAUGACAAUAGCAGCGAAACUGAGAAGGCCCAUAUUGAAAUAAACGAUGAGUCUCAAGAUAAUUUGGAAACUGAGAGUGAAGCAGCUUCUGUGAAAAAGGUUACUUCUAAUCCUCAGGGACCUUCUUCAGCAGAGCCGAAUCCAAACGUCCCAAUGACUCCUAAAAAGGCUCUUCAGAUGUUUAAUGACCUUCUCACCGACUAUGAGCAAUCAGAGAUGUUGAACAAGACUAUCUAUUUUAUAGGUCCAAAGGCUGAGAAAGUUAAAGGGUCUGUGAUGAAUGACCAUAACUUUGGAUAUGACGAUGAAAAAGGAGACUACAAGAUCAUUUUCAAAGACCACAUCGAUUAUCGUUACGAGUGCAUUAAACUACUCGGCCAAGGUAGCUUCGGCCAAGUAGUCGAAUGCUAUGACCAUAAAACUAAUACUAAAGUAGCUCUGAAAAUUAUUAGAAACAGGAAAAAGUUUCAUGAUCAAGCAAAAGUUGAGGUAAAAGUUCUGGAAGCAUUGCGUGAUAACGAUCCUUCUGACCAAAAGAAUAUUAUCCAAAUUAUUGAUCAUUUCGUGUUUCGAAACCACAUCUGCAUUACCACGGAGUUGCUAUCCAUUAACCUUUAUGAGCUGAUUAAGGAUAUGAACUUCGAAGGGUUUCCAAUAGAAACUGUGAGGAAUUACGCCAUCCAAAUCCUGCAUGGUCUGAAAUACAUGAAGGGGCUCUCUGUAAUCCACUGUGACUUGAAACCAGAGAAUAUCUUGCUUAAAGAUAAAACAAAUAAGGUUCUCAAGAUCAUUGAUUUUGGGAGUAGUUGAUUUGAAAGUGAUAGAAUCUACACUUACAUUCAAAGUAGAUUCUACCGAGCUCCAGAGAUCAUCCUCGGGAUUCCUUAUACCAACUCAAUUGACAUGUGGAGUUUUGCCUGCAUUAUCAUAGAGCUUUUCAUAGGCUUUCCUAUCUUCCCUGGAGAGAGCGAGAAUGAUCAGCUUGCCAGGAUUAUGGAAUAUAAAGGAAUUCCACCAAUAAAUGUUAUGGAAGAAUCUACAAGAAGCGGAUAUUUCUUUAGUGACAAUUUGGAUCCUCUCCCUGUUAAAAAUAGCAGAGGAGGAAUCAGGAAACCAUGCACAAAAUCCUUGACACAACUACUCGAUUGUAAAAACAAGCAUUUCAUCAGAUUUUUGGACUCUUGUCUCCACUGGGACCCUGAGCUCAGACUGACACCUGAAGAAGCCUUGUGACAUGAAUGGAUUAAUGAAGGAUUUUUCGCUGCUCACCCAAUUUAUUUACAACAUAGAAUCUUGAACUCCCAGUAUCAAUCUAGCGUAGACAUCGAUGGUAGAAAAAUGAUCAAGAAUCAUGAAUUUGAUGAAAUUUUGAAACUCAACACAAAAGAAACAAAAACUUCGAACCAAUACAGAAGUGUAAACUCUCGAGAUAUAGAAUCAAAGAAUGAUAAGAGGAAGUCUGUUUCUGAAUUCUUAGAGUUUCUCUCCAAAGAUCACUUUAAUAAGACUAACCGGUUGAACAGGGACAAAACAGAAUAUAGAGUUUACAACCAGCUCUGACCUGACGAUGACGAGAUAAUUAAGCUUGAGGAGCAAAUGUAUAAUUUAGACAAACCAAAGAAGCCUGAUUCAAGCAAAAGGAAAUCUACCAAAAAGCACGGAAAUCUGAUAGAUUAUUGAAAUCUCACCGGGUUCUUAUCCAAUGAUAUCCACAGAGCUAGUAGUAAGAAAAAGAGUCGGAAAUCGAAACCUAUUAACAUUUCAAAACUAAUUCCCAAAAUCAGGCGGAGUAAGAGAUACUCCAAAAAUAGAACGGUCAAACCUAGAUUUGACCAGAGCAAUUAAUCUCUAAUAAUUUUCAGAGUCUCUAUA